AGCCUAGAAGAGGGUUCGGCCAGCGGUGCGGCAGCGCAGCGGGGUGGGUGCGGAGCCCCUUUCCUUCGGCCGGGAAAGCAGCGGGAAGCAAAAUGAUGGUCCAACACUCAGGCCAGGUAUCUGCAUUAGAAGUCAGCGCCUCCGCAAUUGUUCCCACUUUGUCCCCUGCAGGGUCACUGGGGUUUGAUGAUUUCACAAAUUUAACCCCACUGGUGAAAGAGGAACUGAGGUUUGCCAUUCAGAAUAAGCGUCAGUACCACAGGAUGUCUUCUACAUUGGACACAGUGACAGUCUCUGAAAGGCCAAUUGAAACAUCAAUCAUGAAAACAGAGUUUUCUCCUGAAGAAGAUGAAAGAAAAAAGCGAAGAAGGGAAAGGAACAAAAUUGCUGCUGCAAAAUGCCGAAACAAAAAGAAGGAAAAAACAGAAUGUUUGCAGAAAGAAUCAGAAAAGCUGGAAACUAUCAAUGCAGAAUUAAAAGCCCAGAUUGAAGAGCUAAAGAAUGAGAAGCAGCAUUUGAUAUACAUGCUAAAUCUUCACAGGCCCACUUGUAUAGUUCGGGCACAAAACGGAAGGACACCUGAAGAUGAGAGGAAUCUUUUUAUUCAACAGAUCAAAGAAGGCACGUUACAAGGUUAAGUGAUAUGGCGAAUGUGGAAGUAUUUAUAAUGUUUAUAACAACUACCAGAAUCCACGAAGGACAUGACAUAACGUGUAGGAUUCUAUUAGUCAAGAACCUUUAGGAAGGGCAGAUUGCUUUCUUAAGCAGAAAGGAUCGUUUUGGCUUGACAGUGAAUCUUUUUCUUGGAAGAUCUGGUCUCAAUCAAAUUGAAGAGUCUUCUGCCUCAAACAUAGGUUUUGCACCUCUCAUACUUGCUGUUCCUAGGAGCUACAGACAACAGCUUCAGAAGUUUUAGCUCUCUGCUAGUAUACAGUAUCUGCACUCACAACGUUUGUGCUAGAACACUAUGACUUUCCAUGAUGCACAUGGUACAGACAGCCAUGCUGGAGGGACACUACUUUUUCGUGUUGCUGGUAGGGAAAGCAGACUGAGAGUAUUUUUAAAGUUUUGAAGUUUCCAGGGGGAGUUUCUGGCAGAAUGUACUGAUCCAUAAUGUUGCGUUCUAACCUAAUACAGACACACACAAACACACACAAAAAAUCUAGUUCCAACUAAGCUUUGUCAUAGUUUUUUUCACAACACUUGUGUGGGUUUUCACUAUGACUCAUCUCAGAGACUAUAUUUGAAAAGCCUGGUAGGUGCGACAAAGAAAUGUUUCUUGUAAAAUGCUCAUGUAGCUAAGUUUGUAUUUAUGGAACCCCACCUACUAUCCUUUGGGGACUACUGUUUUUCCCUUGAACUGGUGAAGAGCAGCUUGUACCACCACUUGGUGACUCAGUGAAUUGGACCCACUGGAAAGAGGAGACUGACUACAGAGGGAUAUUGAUAGGGGGUUUGCCCAAUUAAAGAACUCCAGGUUCUUGAAUCAUGAACAGUUUUUAAAAAAGAUUCCUCUAGGAUCUAACCCUAAAAGCCUUAACUUAUGCUAUUAACCCUCAGCUGUUUAACCAUGGAAGAGAUUCCAUGGACUUCAGUGGGUCUGCUUAUGCAGAUGGCUCUUAUGGGCAUAAGAGCUUGACAAAGCUUUCUCCAUUCUGAUCAGGACUACUUCCUUUUACCAAGUGUCUCAGAGUGAAAAAAUAUGAUUUCAGCUACUCUUAUAUUACAUUUGAGUGGCACCUACAGUCAGGCAGAAGUGUUACUUAGAAUCUAAAGGAAGAAAGUUUUGAUGUAAUCAAUAGUUGGUUUUAUUUUUUAUUAAAUACUAACUUUAGAUGUUUUUGAAUUGGUAGAAGAGCUGCUGGACAAGACAAUUGGAGCUAUGAGUGUUUAAAUUCUGAUGUUUCUGUGAAAUUCUCAGACUGUUUAAUCCUAUAAAAUAUAUCCUUACAGUUUUUUUGUAAAAGAAAAUAUCCUUAUUUAUCACUAAUAUCAUAAUGACUAGAGUUAAUAAACACUGCAAGCAAGAUAAAACUGAAAA